AUGGGGCCGGCUUGCACGUGGCUGCUGGGGGCAGGGAUCCUGGCCUGUGUCCACUGUCAGCCCCUUUCGGCCCAUGGAGUUAAGGAUCCGGAGGGGCCUGGACGCCCCAGCCAUCCGUUCUCAGCGUCAGCCCCCGCCUACCACAAGGUCACGCCCACCAUUACCAGCUUUGCUUUGCGUUUGUAUCGGCAACUGGCGACAGACACCGCUGGGAACAUCUUCUUCUCCCCGGUGGGCAUCUCCACCACCCUGGCCCUGCUUUCUCUGGGGGCCCAAGCGGACACCCCAGCUCGGAUCCUGGAGGGUCUCGGCUUCAACCUCACAGAAACCCCAGAAGCCGAGAUUCACCAGGGCUUCCAGAACCUGAUCCGCACCCUCGACCUGCCCAGUCCCAAACUUGAACUACAAGCAGGCACCUCCCUGUUCCUGGACAAGCAGCUGAAGCCUCAGCAGCGCUUCUUGGACCGCAGCAAGGAGCUCUACGGAGCUUUGGCGUUUUCUGCCAACUUCACGGACUCUGCGACCACCGGGAGGCAGAUCAAAGACUACGUGCGAAAGCAGACAUAUGGGCAGAUCGCGGACUGCCUCCAGGAGCUCGACCGAGACACGCUCUUGGUCAUCUCAAAUUAUAUCUUCUUCAAAGCCAAGUGGAAGCAUCCUUUCCAUCGCUACCACACCCCGAAACAGGAGAGCUUCCUGGUGGACGAGAGGACCUCCCUGCAGGUCCCCAUGAUGCACCAGAGGGAAAUGCACCGAUUCCUCUACGACCAGGAGGUGGCGUGCACCGUCCUCCAGAUAGAAUACAGCGGGAAUGCCCGGGCGCUGCUGAUCCUCCCCGACCCGGGGAAAAUGAAGCAGGUAGAGGCCGCGCUGCAGCCGGAGACCCUGAGGAAAUGGAGCCGACGGCUCCUGCCCAGCCUGCUGGACCUGCACUUGCCAAGGCUUUCCAUUUCUGGAACGUACAACCUGGAAGAGAUACUUCCCCGAGUGGGUCUCACCCACAUAUUCACCCCAGAAGUGGACUUGUCCAGAAUCACCGGGCAGCUCAGCAGAACCAUCUCCAGGGUGACACACAAGGCGGGGGUGGACGUGAGUGAGAAGGGAACCAGCGCAGGAGCCACCUCCGGCCUGCUCGCCCAGCCUCCGCCGCUCAACGUGACGUCGGCCCCCCGUGCUCAUUUCAACAGGCCCUUCCUGCUGCUUCUGUGGGAGGUGACCACCCAGAGUUUGCUCUUCCUGGGAAAAGUUGUCAACCCGGCUGCAGGGUGA